GGCACGUGCCGUAUUGGAUUUCCCAACAUCACUGUUUUCAAUCUUAUUUUGCAAAGAAAAGUAUAUACGCCACUCUCAGUCGUCAAUUGUUCAUUAAGAAUAUUCAUCUAGAAGUCGAGGAGUCGAUAAAUCGAUGUUUCAGCUCUUCUUGAAAAUGUUCACAAUUUGUGUGAUUCUCAGCUGUUUUGUUAUUUGCCAUUGUGAUGGGUACGAAUUGACUCUCAUCUCAGACGAACAAUGGCCGCAACCGUAUUAUAUGCACUAUGAUGCUGCAACACACAGCCUCUAUUUCACCGAUUAUGCCGCUCGUCAAAUUCUUCGAUUUGAUUUCCAUAAAAAACGAACCUACAGAGCAACCAUAGAAGAUAAUAUAAUCACAUCAUUCAUCAUUCCAGUGCAAGGUGAAAAAAACAAAUUCGCGAUUUGCUAUAAUUUUACUGUGGCCAUAAUUGAAUGGAACGGAAAGGAGAAGAUAGCGAAAUUUGAUCAAGAUGAAUUUACUGUGCAACCGGCACAAAACAAUCCAGUAACUGGUUGGGACUAUGGUAAAAUGUCUCCGAAUUAUGAAUUUUAUGGUGGAUCAUUCCGUGUGAAUAUGUGCUCAAAAUCACCGGGUACACGUAAUGCAGCAUUUUAUCACUAUACCAGGCCAAUUUAUAAACACCUCCGAGUUUCUGGUGCAUUCGAUUGGGAUGUGAAAAAUAAAUAUUUAUACCUAUGUGAUACUUGCGGUCGUGUCAUUCGACAGUUUAAAUGGGAUCCGAAAACCGGAAAUAUUUAUGAUGAACGCAUUGUGUAUACACUUGAAAAUCCAGAGAGUGAUUUGGUGAUGCCGCACGGCAUGACAAUCGAUCGAGACGGGUGUUUGUAUAUAGCUUACUAUUCGGGCGGAAAAGUUGUAAAAGUAGAUCCAAGAACAUCGAAAAAGGUGAAAGAAUUUUAUUUACCCGUUAAGGGUGUAUCAUUGAUUACAUUUGGUGGACCCCAUUGGGAUACAUUAUUUGUGGCCACACAACGGGUUCCAUUCGAACUGUCUACGGGUAAACUUUACCUGGAUAAUUCAGAAGGAAGCGGAUCAAUUUAUGCGAUUAAAAAUAUCAAAGCAAAAGGUUAUCCAUCACGAAAAUAUCGUUCAAUUAUUCGAAAUGAUUGAAUUUAAUUUUUUUAUAUUCAAGCAAACAGACGAUUAGUAUAUAUGCAUAAGUUUGAAAAAAUAUUCAUUGAUGAAAAAAACAAAAUACCAUACAAAUGGAUGCGUUUGAAAUUAUUUUCACUUUGAAACUUUAUUACAUGAAACAUGUUUUCUUUUAAUUUAAACAUUUAAUUGAAGAGAAUAGUAAUCGAAUAAAAUCUAGUGUAAAUUUGCAAUAAACGUUAAUUGAGUGGAUAUGAUAAAAGACCAAAA